AUAAUUUUCAUCCACAAGAUCCUCUGUUGGAUACUUUGGGGACAUGAUGGCUGGUGGGAGGUUGUAUCAGAUGCUGCCCUCGCCUGUGUCCGAAGAUGACAGUGAUUCUUCAAGUCUUUGCUCUUGUUCCAGCCCUGAUUCCCAGGUUCUCAGCUCUAGCUAUGGAAGCACAUCUAGUGCUGAAAGUCAAGAUAGUAUUUUAGACUAUUUACUGUCCCAGGCUUCCUUAGGGAACACCCCUGCCGCUUGGUGGGACAAACGGAGGCUUCAACCAGUAGUGAAAGAGGAGUACUUCAGAUUGCCUGAGUUUGCAGUGGAGAUGGAAGAUUCUGGACCAUUUCAGCCCACGCUUGAGGAGAUUGAGGAGUUUCUGGAGGAAAACAUGGAGUUGGAUCUUAAGGAAGGACCUAAAAGUGAGACCAAGGACUUGAGAGCUUGCAAUCCAGUUGCCGUUGCUUCAAUUCAGCAAAAAGACCAUCUGGUGCCUAAUAUUAACUUGAAAGAAAGUGAAAAUGAACAAUCAAGUAGCUCAACGGAAGGUAGCGAUGUUUCAAAUGGAGCACUAUCCUUGGAAGGAGGGAUACCUGUCAUGCUCCAAAUUCAGCCUGUACAGAUCAAACAAGAGUCAAAUACAAGCCCUAGUUCACAAGGACCAGCACAAGAGAAUAUUAAAAUUGCACAGCUCCUAGUCAACAUUCAAGGACAGACAUUUGCACUUGUGCCGCAGAUAGUUCAGUCAUCCAAUUUGAACUUGUCCUCUAAAUUUGUCCGCAUCGCUCCAGUCCCUAUUGCUGCGAAGCCUAUUGGGCCAGGAGGCAUGAUUCAGGGUCAAACAGGGAUCAUCGUGGGUCAGAAAUUUCAAAAGAACCCCGCAGCAGAACUCAUUAAAAUGCACAAAUGUUCUUUUCCUGGCUGUACCAAGAUGUACACAAAAAGCAGCCAUUUGAAAGCACACCUGAGGAGACACACAGGAGAAAAACCUUUUGCAUGCACGUGGCCUGGUUGUGGAUGGAGGUUCUCCAGAUCAGAUGAACUCUCCCGGCACAGACGCUCCCACUCUGGAGUGAAACCUUACCAGUGUCCUGUCUGCGAGAAGAAAUUUGCUCGAAGUGACCACUUAUCCAAGCAUGUCAAGGUGCAUCGGUUCCCUAGAAGCAACCGCUCUGUGCGCUCAGUGAACUGAAUGGUCCCACCUACCCCUUGCCACGUGUCCAUACCAGAACAGCCGACAACAGCACUUUGCUCACUAUAUUUCUUGUGAUAAUUUAUUUGUCUCCACAGAACAGUCAGCGCUGUUACUUCACAAUACCAUGUCUGACUGUUCUGUGUUCUACAAACAUGGUUUGAGAACUAAGUUCUUUUGGGGGAGGGUGUGGUGGGUUUUUUAUUAAUAUUAUUAUUAUUAUUAUUAUUUUAUUUUCCUUUCCUUCUAUCCUUCCUUUUGCUGCUGCUUCUUUUUGGAAAUUACAGUGUUUUAUUUUUAGCUGCUUUCUGCUGCACAAGGCAAAUGUAUGGGCUACUUGCUGCUAGUUAAUUAUAGUCCUAGCAUUCCUGAGGGCUUUGCUCAUGUACAGGGCCAUUCAUUGUAAGUUUUUAUUAAGCUGGUCUAUUUGUCCAGUUUGGAAACAGUAAGUUCCUUUUGAAAUGAAAACAGCUCCUUUGUUUUUCAGUCAUCUGAGCCAAGGAUUCGUGGGGGCGGGCAAAAGGAGAAGGAACAGUUGGGAGACGGGGAGUAAGUGCGAUUGGAAUUUGUGUCCCUGUUUUCUCCAACACACUGUCCUUGCCAUUCAUGAUUUGGUCAGCAACUCUUGUGCACCCAGAAACUGGAUCUGACAAUGUCUUUAAUACAAAAAAUCCAAACGCUCAGGUCAUAUUAAACGGGCUGGAAGGCCUUUCACCAUAGAUCAGUGUAAACUGUCUGCAUGUCUUCCAUGUUAUGUGGUCAAUGUACUCUAUUUUAUUGAGUGUGGGGGAGAUGCCCAAGAAUGAUUACCUUGGCUCUGGUUCUUUGUUUUCCAGAAUGUCAUCUAGUGGUUAGAACAGGGAGACUGGGUAUCUGAACCCUAAAAUUCUAUUCCUGACUCUACUGUCGUCUCAUGUUGUGACAUAUGAGCAAGCACCUUACAGGUUUGGUGCUGUAAGGUGCUGGCCAUUUCAUGUAAAGUGCUGAGCAUCUAACUUCUCUUUACUCAGUGAAUGCCUAGCAGGUUUGAGCCCUGAAUCUCUUCAUAGCUUGGUUUCCUCAUCUUUACAGUGAAGUUAUUUCCCGCCCAGGAGAGACUGUGAGGCUUACUUAGUAAUUGUAAAAGCACUUGAAAUCCUUAGCUGAUGGUGAUCUCUAAGUUCAAAGCAUUAUUAUUUUAUUAUUAACAGCCAGGUAAGAGCUCCACAUAGCUGAGGUGAGUGAAUGGGUGGGAACAGUAGUCAAAAGAAACAAAUACAUAGGGUAGCUACCUAAGUGGCUAAGAAGGGAAUUUUAAACAAUAAUCAGACAGUAGCAGCAAUGUUGUUAUGUUUUUGUUUCUUGUUUUGUUUUUUCUUUUGAACUAGAAAUCUUUAGGACACAAUAGAAUUCAAAAAUCAGAGAUGAUUAGGUAAAGGAUAUUGCAUUUCCUUUCCACUCACAGAUGGCAUCUUGUCGUCUUGUCAGCCAAAUGGGAAAUAAAACACUGCAAUUCUUGCAUUAGUAGAUAGAGAUGGAGAACCUACUAUAUGUAAGAACAAUAUGUAGAGCUAAAACUACCUUAUUUUAGGAGUGCAUUCCUUUUGUCCUCUAGAAAUUAAUAUAAAUGAACUAUCUUUUGUUGACUGGUUUAUCUCACAUCCUAUGAAUGUAUGUAAAUAAAACUGUACAUAGAUGCAUAUCUAUAUAAAAUAUCUUUUAAUAACAUAUCAAAAUUUGUGUAAAUUGGAAACAAAAUAUCUAUAAAGCCAGUGUACAUAAGUUACAAUUCUGUAUAUUUUCUUUUGUUCUUCAUAAAAUAUAUUUACUUUGACAAUAAAAUGAAAAUGGAAAUUUUAAA